AUGGGCCCUGGUCAUCAUCGAGACACACUGGAUGACUACUUUGGUGACUGGAACUGGAAAAAGCUUAUUGGACUGGGCACUUCUAUUCUUAGGAAGGUAAAGGAGGCCAUCCCUGAGCACAAUGAUCAUCAAUGUGACUUUGAAGAAUUAACAUGGUGGCUCAAGCUCGAGUUUCCUGAGCAACUUGCUCUAUGGAAGCAGCAGGUAGAGGACUGGGAAGCCAACUUGACCAAGCCUAAUCCAUUUGAAGUGAAGAAUGAUGGUAUCAUGCAAGCUAGUAUCUGUUACAAUUGGUGA